AUGCUACUGAUUUUUCUCAUUCCUUUGUGCGUAUUCUUUAACUAUAAAUUAGUUGUUGGAAAGCUUGCAACAAAAACAAAUUACGAUGAGCGAAUUGCAAAAAAAUUACUAAAUAUGGCAGCUGCAGCUUACGGUGAUCAACAACAAACGUGUCUGGACAGAACCCUCACUUCAUAUCAUGCUCACUUAGUGUUAUCAACAUCAACCGAAAAAUGCGAUCUAUUCGGCAAUACCUGCACAAGUUAUAUAGCUGCAUCGGAUACUGCAAGGGAGCUGACUAUAGUUUUUAGAGGAUCAAAGACAACGGGACAAAUUAUUCUACAAGGUCUGAAUUCAUUUGUUCCUAUGGAAUUCUUUGGUAUGGGAAAUGUGAAUCGAUAUUUUAAGAACGGUGUCGAAGUUCUAUGGUCACCUAUAAAAGAAGUUCUCACAUCCACGAAAUACGCUAGAUACCAAAUUGCCUUCACCGGCCAUUCCCUCGGUGGCGCACUUGCGGUUCUUGCAGCUGCGCGAACAGUUGCCGAAGGUCUUCGCCGAAGUGACCAAGUCAUGGUUUACACUUUUGGCGAACCUCGUGUUGGCGACCCAACAUUUGCAGCAAACUUCGACAAACUGCUACCGAACAGUUACCGAGUUGUGUUCCGACACGACAUCGUACCGCAUUUGCCUCCGUGCAUAAGGAAGAAGAAGCAGAUGGACAAACUAGUGACGAGCUACGAUUGUGACCCGAACAAUCCAUAUACUGUGUUUCAUCAUAGUACUGAGAUAUGGUAUCCUCACUCAAUGGUUCGAGAUUCUUAUUAUGUUGAAUGUGUUGGUGAACCCAAAGGAGAAGAUCCUGGUUGCUCGAAUAAACGUAUCAAAUUCGGUUACAAAGAAUAUCAGAAAAGUAAAUUCGACCAUCGGCAUUAUUUUGGCCUCCAGGUGCCUGAGUUUGGCAGGAAUGGAUGUGAAAUAACGUACAGUAAUGGAAAACCAGAAUAA